CUGGAUCUGAGCACUCAGGGCCGCAUGGUUCGUAGAUAUGAGUGCGUGCGCAACAUCAGCGCAGGUCGCUUCGGAAUCUCGCUCCUUGUCAAAGAUGUGGAGCACAACAAGUUGGCAAUGAUGAAGGCCAUUGAUGUUUCGGGUCUGGGCGCGGGGGCGCGGGGGGAGAUGCUGCAGGAGCUGCGGCGGCUCGCGCAGCUGCGGCAUCCCCACCUGGCGCCGAUCGGGGAGUGCUUCUUGCACAGCGGUAAGCUUUGCAUGGUUAUGGACUACUUCUCGGGCGGCAACCUGGCGGCGCAGGUGGCAGCCAGAGAAUUCAGCAGCGAGCGCGUGCUGCUGUGGUUCACCCAGGCCCUGCUGGCGGUGUCGUACCUCCACAGCCGCGACGCGCUGCACCGGGACCUGCGGACGCGGCGGCUGCUGCUGACGCGCAGCGGGCUUGUGGUGGUCUCUGGCGUGGCAUUGUCAGCAGUCCUGCGUGGCAGCCUGCCCGAGAGGCCAGAUGUGGAAGCCCUGCAUUACUCGGCUCCGGAGCUGCUGCUGAACUACGAGGCGCAUUCCUUUGCCACUGACAUGUGGGCCCUCGGCGUCAUCCUGUACGAGCUUUUGGCGCAGAGACUGCCCUGGGAGCACUCGCACCCGGGCAAGCUGCGCGAGAGCAUCUGCCAGCGGCCGCUGCGGCCGCUGCCCGCCAGGCAUGCUGAUCUUGCUCCUCUCUGCUAUUCCCUGCUGAAGCGGGACGUGCUCCGCCGCGGGAGCGCGGAGGAGGUCUUGCGGCAGAGCUGCGUGCAGUCCAGGCUGGGCGAUCGCUUCCCGAGCGCAUUGCUGGAAUUCCGCGGACACACCGAGGGUGAAGCCCCGCCGCAAAGGGACGAAUGGACGCAAUGGGCGGCGGUGCGAAUCCGUGCCACAGAUCGCCGGAGCCUUUCUGCGGGCAGCCGCGAAGCGCGCGCCCAGUCCGGCCGCGACUGCCUGCCCGAACUCUGCAGCGCCAAAGGCCGCCCCAUCUACGAUACCUUGCGCCGGCUGGUGGUGGAUUCCGUGCGCAGUGGGGCGCUGGAACUCAGCGUGCUGCGGCUAAAUUUUAAUCCAUCGAGGUCGUUCCAGCAGGUCUACAAAGUGGGACCGCGCCUGGGCAAUGGGAGCUUCGGAUCCGUGCACCUCUGCAAGCGCCGGGCCACCGGCGAGGUUCGGGCGGUGAAGAUGCUCCUGAAGGCCUACACGAAGGAGUUUGUCGCAAACGAGAUCGAGAUACUCACAAGGCUCGAUCACCCCAACGUGCUCAGAUUCUAUGAGUUCUUCGAGGACAGCCGCAGUGUGCUGGCAGUCAUGGAGUACUGCGACGGGGGUGACUUCUCUACCCUUGUGCCCAAGAAGGGCUCAGAAGAAGUGAGGGUGCUGUACAGAGACGUGAUGUUGGGCUUGGCUUACUGCCACAACUUCGGCAUUGUGCACCGAGACCUGAAGUUCAACAACUGUGUCUUGGUGCACGGCCCCCACAGGGCCGCCGCCAAGAUCAUCGACUUUGGGCUCAGCGCAAUCCGCAGAGCGGAUGAAGAGGACACGGAUUUCUUGAGGGAGGUUCAGGGCACUGGAGGGUUCGUGGCGCCCGAGGUGAUGUCGGGCCAUUACGGUGCGAAGUGCGACAUCUGGUCUUUCGGAAUCAUGGUCUUCAUGCAGCUGACGCAGGGCACUCAUCCUUUCGGCUACGACGGGAGAAUGGAUCACACGCGCUUGAUGCACCGCAUCGCCACUCAAGAGCCCAUGCAUCUUCUCGACGACAAGGGCCGGCAGCUGGUGGAGCUCUUGCUGGUAAAGGAUCCGGCCCAGCGUGCGACCGCGCAGGAUGCCCUUCAAGCUGCUUGGCUCCGGCCGAAAGCCGUCCGAGAUCGAGAGCAGGGCUUUGCCCUCUCGAUGAAGGACAAGAAAUGGCUCUUCCGGAGUCUUUCCUCCUUUGGGGAGCUGUCCAAGUUUGACAAGGCCGUGCUGCUGAUGGCCUCGCACCUGAGGCAGCCGGAGCUGUCCCGGAGGAGCUCUGACGUCUUCGUGUCCACCGACACGGACCAGAGCGGCUUCCUCAACGCGGAGGAGCUCAAAGGCGCCCUGGAAGCUAUGGGCGUGGAGGCGGAUGCGAAGUCGGCGGAAGACACCUGGCGCGGCCUCGACACCAGCGAGGACGGCCGCGUGAGCCACAGCGAGUGGCUGAGCGCGACCAUGCAUCCAGACGAGUUGGCGUCGGAGACUUGCAUCAAGGAGCUCUUCGCGUGGCUGGACUUUGACGGUGAUGGCCAUGUGAGCCUCAGCGAGAUCCGGCGCCUUGUGCCGGACGACGAGGCCGAGGAGGUGAUUGUCUUGUCAGACACCUCGAAGGACGGAGCGAUCAGUUUCGAGGAGUUUACGGAGCUCAUCAAAGAGAUAGUCGCGAUCUCAGCACACACACAAAUAUCAGAUGGUCCCGGUCAUUGCGUGCAUGGAAGCAGUAUCUUGUUCUGCAUGAGGAGACGUUAAGUGAGACAGUAAGAUAGGCAACCCGUGAUCUAUUUUCAGAUGCACUUGAAGGGAUGCCCUUCAACAAACAAGCACCGAACCUGCACAGGGUUUCCUGGUAUAACAUGAUAACACCAUUUCCAAAGUUGCC